UUAAAUGGGGCGCGGCGCAUGCGCAGCGGCUCUUCAGCGCUACGACCUCUGCAGCCCGAGAUCCGGCUCAUCCCGCCCGAGUUUGAGUGAAGCGGUCGGCGAGCUCUGCUGAAAAUGUACGCCUGCGCCAAGUUCGUGUCUACGCCGGCACUGGUCCGCUCUGGGUCAAGGGCGCUUUACAGACCCCUCUCUGCCUCUGUGCUCUCCAGGCCAGAUGUCCGAUCUGCAGAGGCUAGCCCAGUCCUCCUGCCACAGAGCACCAUGUCCCAGGUUGCACUGAGGGGUUUCCAGACAAGCGCAGUGAGCCGUGACAUCGACACAGCCGCCAAGUUCAUUGGAGCCGGGGCCGCCACCGUGGGUGUGGCCGGAUCAGGAGCUGGAAUCGGAACAGUAUUCGGCAGCCUCAUUAUUGGAUACGCUAGGAAUCCCUCUCUGAAGCAGCAGCUGUUCUCCUAUGCUAUCCUGGGCUUUGCCCUGUCUGAGGCCAUGGGGCUGUUCUGUUUGAUGGUUGCUUUCCUCAUCCUGUUCGCCAUGUAAAGUCUGCACCGUCCUCCAUCUCUUGCUGUGACGACGUGUCUUACACUGGCUACCGAGAGUUCUGUGUUGGUGUCAUGACAGUUGUACAUUUUCCAAGUUUUUUGUGGAAGGCUGACAGACUGAACAGAAGAACAUGUAUUGUAAAAAUGUAUCCAAUUACACAAUUAAAAUACAUGUAUUUCACUAUUUAAA